UUUAUUUCUCUCACCUGCUUCUCCAUCUGCUUUUCUUAUAUAUUUUAAUAAAUUCAUAUACAUUUCUUGACUGAGACCGAUCUUCGAUCGAUGGUGAUGACGAAGAAAAUGGAGGGUAAUGAUGUAGAACGGAAGAAGCGCUCAACGAACGGUAGGAGAUGGGCCGUGUGUGGGGCCCUCAUCUUCAUCUUCCUCGCUGGCUUCGCCACUUUCAGAAACGCCCCCAAGAUCUCCUUCUUUGGUCUUACCAACAAAUCCUGCCAAUGCACUGAUUCACGAAAGUACACUGGCAUUGUGGAGGAUUGUUGUUGUGAUUACGAGACCGUUGACACUCUUAAUGAGGAAGUGUUGCAUCCUGUACUCCAAGAACUUGUCACGACCCCGUUCUUCCGAUAUUUCAAGGUGAAGCUGUGGUGUGACUGCCCAUUCUGGCCUGAUGAUGGUAUGUGCCGACUGCGGGAUUGCAGUGUCUGUGAAUGUCCAGAAAGUGAGUUCCCUGAGCCAUUUAGGAAGCCUCCAGGGCUUUCUUCCAGUGAUUUGAUGUGUCAGGAGGGCAAACCAGAGGCUACUGUUGAUAGAACACUAGAUAGUAAAGCAUUCAGAGGCUGGAUAGAGAUUGACAAUCCAUGGACACAUGAUGAUGAGACCGAUAAUGCUGAAAUGACAUAUGUGAACCUCCAGCUAAACCCUGAGAGAUACACUGGCUAUGCUGGUCCAUCAGCGAGAAGAAUAUGGGAUGCUAUUUACACAGAAAAUUGUCCAAAAUACCCAUCAGGAGAGUUUUGCCAAGAGAAGAGAGUGCUGUACAAGCUGAUUUCCGGACUCCAUUCCUCUAUUUCAGUUCACAUAGCUUCUGAUUAUCUGCUUGAUGAGACUACCAACCUGUGGGGUCAAAACCUUGAGCUGUUGUAUGACCGCGUGUUAAGAUAUCCGGAUCGUGUCAGAAACUUGUAUUUCACUUUUCUAUUUGUUCUCCGAGCAGUGACAAAGGCAGCAGAUUAUUUGGAACAGGCUGAGUAUGACACUGGUAAUCCUGCAGAGGACCUGAAAACACAAUCGAUGAUGAGACAGCUACUCUAUAACCACAAGUUAAGAUCUGCAUGUCCUGUACCAUUUGAUGAAGCCAAAUUAUGGCAAGGUCAAAGUGGGCCUGAACUGAAGCAGCAGAUUCAGAAACAAUUCAGAAACAUCAGUACGUUGAUGGACUGUGUUGGAUGUGAGAAAUGUCGACUUUGGGGGAAGCUUCAGGUUCUUGGUCUUGGCACUGCAUUGAAGAUCCUUUUCUCUGUUGAUGGCCAUAAUAACUUGGAUCAGCCUCUACAGUUGCAAAGGAAUGAAGUGAUCGCCCUGGUGAACCUGCUUAACAGACUCUCGGAAUCUGUAAAAUUGGUACAUGAGAUGGGUCCUUCAGUUGAGAAGAUCAUGGAACGACAAGCUUCCACAUCUACUAGGAAGAGCAGCAGCAGCACAUAGCUAAAAAUGUACAGGUUUCCAAUACUCUUGCUUGUAUUAUAUAACAAGCAGCUCUUCAAGGGCGCAUGUCAGGUAUGCGUGAUGUUUCACAGGCAGCAAGAACUCACUCCCAUGGGCAACGCGGGGGAGCUAAAAAACUGCCCCUCAUCUUCAAAAAUACAUUUCAGUGAGAAAGCAUUCAUAAUAGUGUAGAGUCAUAGAGAAGCUCAAUGAAUGUACCAUGCAAUGUUUUGUAUACAACAAGAUACCAACACCAACCAUGAAAAUGAGAUGGAUAACAAAAGAAAUGCGGAAAAGCAGUAGCAGAGAAAUAUUGUAUUUUGAUGCGUCAUUUUUACAAAAUAAGUGUUUUGGUCUGUUUUGGAUACAUUUGUGAUAUUUGUAGGCCAAAAAUCUUUCAGAAUAAAAUUGGGAUUGCGAAUUCAUUGGCUGA